CAAAACGUGAAAGUGCGAUGAAAUAGUUUAUGGUAUUAAAGGGAAGCUGCAAAGGGAAUUAGGUGUUUCAACCCCAAAAACCUAUACUUCGCCCUUGGUCGUUCGUCUCCUUCACCGAAACGAAACAUGAGUAUGACGAAACCUGGUGGAGAGAAGAUUGCUGCUGCUCCUCCUUGUUACGGCAGCGAACCUUUGGUUGAGGAAAGGACGUUCUUUCCACCCAUUGGACGUAGCACCAAGGUCCGGACGAUCUAUGCUUCUAAUUUUUGCUCUUUCACGACGAACAAAGAGUACGAUGAUGGAUUCCCUGGAAUUCUCUAUCAGACCGGCGGUCUUGGGUGGGUUAACCCGAAUAAGUCUGUUCACGCCAGAUCUCAUCAUAUGGAGAAUAGAAAGAAGAUCUCUGUUGGUCGAAACAUUGGAACCACUAGAGUUCUGAGAUCUGGUUGCAAGAUUAACUUCCUUAGGAGGAGGAGGCAGAGAUUAGCCGCACUCGAGAUGAAUAGAAAGAAGCUUGCUCCUGCUCCCAACAAACCGGACACGUUUUUGAUUGCUCCUGGAGUCAGCGUCCUAGAAUGGAAAGCUGCUGUGAUGAGCAUAUCAUGAACGGAGACAAGAUUGCUCCUCCUUGUGUCCCCAUCGAACGUCGUUUUAAGUUCACUGAGUGCCAUGAGGCCUCGCUUUUUCCUGGACGUACCAUCAAGAUCCGGACGAUGUCCGAUACUCAAAACAUGGGGUAUGUUUCCUGUUCCGUCUCUUUAUGUUUAGUACUCACUUGCGUUUGUCUCCUUCUUCCUUCUGUCUCUGUAGAUGUUUGGUGCGUGAUUUGUUUGUAGAUGAGUGAAUGUUUGACAAAAAAAAUUCUCUUUUUCUAUCGGUUGGUGCAAUAACACAAGUGUUAUGAAAUCUGUUGGCAACCUCAACGACCUUACAUCUCCUCCCCCCUCGUGGAAUACUCUAUCAGACAAGUUGUAUCGAGGCAAAGACAUAAUCGGAGGGUUUGGACGAGGAGCAGAAGAAAAUACUCUUUCGUGCGACAGCUUAUUCGCAUUAUUGUUUAUUUAUAUCAGCUAAAUAUUUUCUAAUUGUAUUUUUAAUCGCACAUUCACUUUACUUUUUAAACUGCAAUUGUUUUUUUGUUUUGUCUUUCUUAAAAUUUUCCCAUCCUCACAUUAAGACAA